AUGGAAGAACAGAAGCAAAUAGGUUCCGUGACGACAUGGAAUCAGGAUGGGAUGAAUGUGGUUACAGCUCUAAAACAAUCUGUCAAUCCCUCAAAUGACUGCACAGAUUACAACACCGCUAUAGAUGCCCAACGCCAAGUCACCCCUCCAUCAGAGGUCGACAGUCUCCAGUCCUCUGCUUUUACUGUACAACCUGGCUCACGUUCAGAACAUACAGAAGAUCUGCACUGCAGGACAGAAAAAGUCAGAGAGCUCAAGCCGUUUUCAUGUGGAGACCCGGAGAUGACCUCUGGUGAAAUGAACCAGCACACUACUCACACCACGAGUUACCUUAAAGAUCAGAAUAUUAAACAAGCCACAGACAACAGUCACUCCAUCUCAUACAUUUCACAACAGCCUGGUACAUUGAGUGAAAACAAACCCUGUAUCCAGGAGGAGGUAACCAUCCCCACAACAGUGUUUUAUGGAGUUGAGGUAUCAGCUGUACGAAAGACAAGUGUGGACAAGACUGGAGAUGGACAGGGCAGAGCAGGAGUUGAGAGGAGAGGAAGCUGGAAGGCCGGACGACCUUUGACCCGAGUGGAGUCUCUGAGAGAACGACUCCGUCAGCAAGAGGAGAUACAGAGAGGAAGAAAGACUGAAGCGAUGGACAGCACAGAAGCAGAAGGAACUUUACUAUGGCAAAGUCAAACCCUCAGCUUCCUGUUCCUGUUUCUCUGUCGCACUUGCAGUCGGCCCUCGACAGAAAGAGAAGUCGGGGAGAUCACCAGGGAUGAAUGCGAGAGUGAUCUCUACCGCAGAGAGACGGAGCCAGCUCACCAUGUAGAGGAGUGUGGACCACGCAGUAUUUGGAGACGACAGGACUUGGAUGUGGAUGUUGACGAUAUCGAGAGAGAGUUGUCAGAAGAAGAAUAUCUUCCUCCCUCUCUUUCUCCCUCUCCGCCUCUUUCAGACUUGCUGGACGAAAUGAGUCGGAUCUAUAACCUGAAGGCGGUGGGCUCCAGGACUGUAUGUAUCAGUGAACGUAAAGGGGAUAUUUCCACGCUCAACAGGGGUACUCAUGGCCAAUACAAACCCAUCAGAACUGCACAGUCACCGGACAUCCUGCCGGAGACGGCCAAGCUGUGGAAUUGUGGAACAGCAAGAAAUGUUGACAAAACAGAGACGGUGGAGUCCACAGGUGCACAGACUGUACAACGUCAAGUGGAACGGCUGCAGUUGAAGGAACAGGAAGGAGCGACAUGUCAGUCCCAAAGCGACAGAGAACAGGAGGCACAGACAGCUGAAGGCCAGAAGAGACCUGACAUACUCAAAGAGACGCCGAAAUCACAAGUCCAACAAAAAUCCCAACGGUCACAUCCUAAACCCCAACAGCUCAAGUCGUUCACAGUCAACGCCCGCAAUGCCCAAGCAACAGAAAACCUUUUAAGAUCCCCAGAACAAGGCAACUGUCCGUCACCCUCUUCUCCCUCUACCACUCCCACCCAUCCUCUCUUUUCAAUUAGGAGCGCCUCUGGUGGAGCAGGUAAGAGGGGAACUACCAUCACCAUCACUCCCAGGAGAUCUGGUGUAGUGACCCCAUCCGCAGGCACGACAGGACCCUCAGGAACUCCUCCAAGAGCAGCAACUCAGGGCCAGACAUCCACGGCGAACACCGGCAGCAACAGAGAAGCAAACAAAAAGAGAUAUCCAACAGCGGAAGAGAUCGAGGUGAUUGGUGGAUAUCAGAGUCUGGAGCGCUCAUGUUUGGUGAAGAGCAGAGGAGCACCGAAAGCGGUGAAGGUGUAUUUCGAUGACAUUCAGCUGGAGAGAGUUUGUGAGUAUCCGUCAGAAGACUGUACGCUUGAAUCUCUCCCCUGCACUCCUCAGAGCUCAGAGGACGGGAGGUGCGGGGGGGAUCAGGAGGAAGAUGAGGAGGAGGAGAACACGUCCCGCAGUGACAUGAGUGUGAACGCAGGAAGAGUUCGGUUCCUCAGAGUGGAUGAAUCCUGUAAACUUUAACUUUCUGUCUUCAUGAUGAACUAAUACAACCUUUAGCUUUUAUGUUUUUUACCCUCACAGAAACUAAGUAAUAAUGCAAAAAGUUUUAAAAAAUGUAGUUUUGUUUAUGGAGAAUCAAAGAGACUUUGCAAGUAUUUAAAUGAGAAAUGUUAAUUUUAAAAGCAUCUCUUUUAGGGAAGAGUUUUUAAAUUCUUGAGUUGUAAAAAGAAGAUUUGUGUUGGAGAUACAAAUGGUAAUCUAAGGUCCCGAUUGUUUCCAGAGUUUUAUGAAUAAAAAACUCAGAUCUGUAUGUCUGAAGGCUUUGUCUAUUGAACUGUAACUGAGGAAGGUGAUUUUCUCUCUUCUUGUAUUACAGGAGUCUUUUGUUAUUUAUAAACUAAAUAAACCCUUCAGCAUCUAAUCUGAGCAAAGAAGGACAAGACAUGUGUCACUUCUUGUGAAUGUAUGAUUAUGAUAAAUAAAAAUUCUUUGGAAAAGUGA